UCCUGACACACACAGACGGAGAUACACGCAUCGAGAGACAGACGACAGGAUACAAAGCUCACAACUUCCACUGAGAGAGAAGAAAUAAGGAGUAAGGGGGUUACUGGGAAUACUGGAAUACUGCUAUUUCCACUGAUUGCUGACUGCACAUCUCUGACAGAGACAUUUCAAAGAUUUAGGGAACUUUCUAGAGGAUCAGCUGGCUGAUUUCCUGUCUGAAGAACCUGCUGAGUUUUCAGCCUCGCUCAGAAAUGGCUGCUCAGGUUUGUCAAGCAGAGAUGGAUUUCUUUUGUCCAAUCUGUUACAACGUCUUCACAGAUCCUGUCUUGUUGUCAUGUAGCCACAGCUUCUGUAAAGACUGUCUGCAGAGAUGGUGGGCAGAAAAACUGAUUCAUCAAUGUCCAGUUUGUAAAAGAAGAUCUUCAAGAAGUGACCCACCCUGUAACUUGGCAUUAAAGAACCUGUGUGAAGCCUUCUUACUUUCACAACUUUCUCUAGAAGAGAAAGCUUCUGCAAAGUCUGAGGCUCUCUGCAGUCUGCACUCAGAGAAACUAAAGCUGUUCUGUCUGGACCAUCAGCAGCCGGUGUGUCUCGUCUGUCGAGAUUCAAGAACACACACCAACCACAGAUUCAGUCCCAUCGAUGAAGCUGCAGAGGAUUACAAGAAGGUCCUCAUGAAAUCCCUGAAGCCCUUACAGGAGAAACUGGAGACCUUUAAUCAAACUAAAGUGAACUGGGAUCAAACAGCAGAACACAUUAAGGAGCAGACUCUACACACUGAGAUGCAGAUUAAGGAUGAGUUUAAGAAGCUUCACCAGUUUCUAGAAGAAGAAGAGAAGGCCAGGAUCACUGCACUGAGGAAGGAAGAGGAACAGAAGAGUUCCAUGUUGAAGCAGAGGAUCGUAGCUCUGAACAGAGAGAUAGCAGCUCUUUCAGACACUGUCAGGGCCACAGAGACAGAGCUGAGAGCUGGAAGUGUCUCAUUCCUGCAGAACUACAAGGCUGCAGUGAAAAGAGUCCAGCAGCGCCCCCUGCUGGAUGAUCCACAGCUGCCCUCAGGAGCUCUGAUAGAUGUGGCAAAACACCUGGGCAACCUGACCUUCAACAUCUGGAACAAAAUGAAGGAGAUGGUUACAUAUUCUCCUGUGAUUCUGGAUCCAAACACUGCAGAAUCCCACCUCUUUGUUUCUGAAGAUCUGAAAAGUGUGAGAUACCAACAGAGAGAGAGACAGCUUCCAAAAAACCCAGAAAGAUUUGAAUACUAUGCCACAGUCCUGGGAUCUGAGGGCUUUGACUCUGGGACUCACAGCUGGGACGUUGAAGUUAUUAAUCAGGCAGACUGGGGAGUGGGUGUGAUAAAAGAAUCUGUCACACGAAAGGGAAAGAUUCCGACUGGAUACUGGGGAAUAUGGUUCUGCGAUGGUAAAUACAAAGCAUACUCUCCAUCGCUGACAGAUAAAAAUCUCUCUGUGAAGAAACCACUCCAGAGGAUCAGAGUUCAUCUGGACUGGAACAGAGGAAAGCUGUCAUUCACUGAUCUGGAUACUAACACAAACCUUUACACCUUCUCACACACUUUCACUGAGAGGCUGUUUCCAUACAUCAACACUAUAAAUACAGUGCCAAUAAGGAUAUCACCAGUGAAAGUCACUGCACAGGUAGAGAUGUAGGCUGAUGAUGGUGACAUGUAUCAGACUAACACACUUAACCAACAUGUAUGGAGGCACUGGAGGUGUACAUGUAGAGAUGUGUAAAGAAUAGCCAUGUUUCAUAUUGCAUACAAUCACUAAAGCUUGGGAAUUUUGUGAUGGAAGUUAUUUUGAGUUUGCAUGUUGUAGGACAAAAUCCAUGUAUAAACACGUGAAACAAAAAUUAAAUUAGUAAAUUCAACAACUUCAGUAACACUAACAUAACAU